AUGCCUGAAAAGAGAGACAAGGAUGCAGAGUCUUUGGACCAUACCGGAACGAGAAAGAAGAUAUCGAUCAAACAGACCCCUGAGGAGGAGGCCAAAGCUGUUGAGUAUUUCCAAUCGCAUGUAUUUGAACCCACUUUUAAAACACAACUGACUGAGAAUAUCAAAUUUUCCCAACCUUUCCGUUGGGGGACGAUCAAAAAUUUAAUCUCUGACGAUCUUUUGCGUAACGUAAGGAAAGAGAUAAUGGCUGAGAUUGAGUUCACCAAGAAAGAGACGGACAUCUACAAGGUUUUCCAGUCCGGGGAUUUGGCAAACCUCUCGGCCAUGCCGGCAGACUUGCUAGCGCGCUUGCCAAGUGUGUACAAGCUACGGUCUGCCAUCUAUUCGGAGACGUUCCGUUCUUUCAUGUCGGACAUUACGGGCUGCGGGAAAUUGAGUGGAAUCAAAACAGACUUGUCCAUACAGCUCUACACGAAAGGCUGUCACUUGUUGACGCACGACGACGUCAUCGGCUCGCGUCGGGUCUCCUUCAUUCUCUACAUGCCGGACCCGGACACCCAUUGGAAGCCGCACUACGGAGGUGCGUUGCAGUUGUUCGACUCUCUUGUCCCCAACGUCCCACAGUCGGACGUCCACUCGAAGCUAGUUCCUGGCUUUAACCAGAUUGCAUUUUUCACCGUGCAACCGGGCCUCUCGUUCCAUGCUGUUGAGGAGGUGAAGGUGGACAGACAGAGGUUGUCCCUGCAGGGCUGGUUUCACAUUCCUCAGGAGGGGGAAGACGGGUUCAUUCCAGGAGAGCAGGAGCAGACGGAGCGGAAGUCAACACUUCAACAGCUAGAAUCAAAGGAGUUGAGGGAGUACGAUUUCCCCAAGCUGAAGUUUGCGCAGAUCCCAAACGCCAUUUCGGCCAAAAACGCAGACCACCUCGUGUUCAGCGACGCUGACAGGGAGUAUCUCUCCAAAUACAUCAAUCCGUACCUGUUGACCGUCGAGUCUACUACCAGGUUGGCGAAAAUCUUCAAUGAAGAGUCUGUUGUCGACAUCCUGUCGUUCUUGAACGAAGAAUACGAGUCUUUGCUGAAAACGCAGAUGAAAAACCUUGAGAUCAACGAGUUCCCACCGAUGCCACAAAGCCAGUCGCAAGUUCAGUCCCUCUUUCCGUGGAAACUCGCGAUUCCGUGCCACAAGCAGAGAUACAUGUACAUUGACGGGUCGGAGUACGAGGAUAUCGGGACGGCGGGAAGCAUCGCCAUAGCAAACAAGGUGAAAAGCAGCUCUAACGCUUCCAACUUCGACUUGACUGCUCAGAUACUCCGUCUGCAGAGCCAAGUGCCGAGCACAGAGUACGUGAAAUCCAUCGAGGACAACCCGAACUCGACCACCGUGGCCGAGGUCAGUGCAAAGCUCUGCGACUUGGCGUCGAUGUUCAAGAGCAGGGCGUUCCGCAAGUGGCUGAGCAAGAUCACCGAGCUCAAGCUUGUCAAGGACAACGUUCUGGUGCGGCGGUUCAGGCCAGGCCAGGACUUCAUCCUUGCUACCAAGAGCACCGGCGAUGACAACGACGACGACAACGACGACCAGACGAUGGACGGCCUGCUCGAGGCCACCAUGAGUCUCACGCCAAGCCACGGGUGGGAGAACGGGGAGUGGGGUGCGUACGAGUUAUGUCUGGUGGACGACGACGCGGCAACCGCCAACGCUGCCGAGGAAGGCCUGAACGAGGACGAGGCUGCCAUCUACAGGACUGCGGACCAGGACAGCGUGGUCUACGAGAACCAGGCCUGCUGGAACAAGCUCUCCCUCAUGUACCGGGACCCCUCGGUGAUGAAGUUUGUCAAGUACGUCAGUUUCGACGCCCCCGGGUGCAGAUGGGACAUUAACUGUGCGUGGAAGUGCGUAGACGAAUCCGAAGAGAAAUGA